UGUUGUGAAUGCACUAAAGGACAGUGGCGUUAAGCUCGUACUUGAAGACAGAUAUGAUGAUGUUUGACCAUAUUGUUAAUACUACCCACCUUUUGUAUGUGGGUUGGAAAGGAUAAUGAUAUUUAUCCAUAUGUGUCCUGUAUGCUCAGAAAUCUACAGAAGUAUAAUAUUACCACUAUACAACUUGCCCGAAGAGCACUCUUUUGGCGGAGACUACAUAAUGGUCCAGACACUGUAGAGGAGAUGCUUGACCGGCAUUUGGCGAAGAAAGAGAAACCAUCGUAUGACGAUGAUCAAAACGAGGUCUUAACUCGGCAACGACUCACCAGCACACGACGUGAGGCAUUGGGUCUGUACAGAGAUAUACUUCGCGCAACACGGUUCUUCAUGUGGCCUGACUCCAGAGGGGUGUUGUGGCGAGAUAUCCUAAGAGAAAAUGCUCGUAAAGAAUUUGAAGACGCUCGGUUUGAGAAGGAUCAUGAAGUAAUAACUCGGUUAUUGAUCGGUGGUGGAGAUGCUGUUCAAGCUGCUCUUGACAAGGUUGCUGAGAAACAGAGAGAACAGAUAGAGAAGGAACGAAAUGGCAGAAGUUAAUGAUGAUGAUGAAUUCUGACGAUGUGCGAAGCUUAAUUGUGUGCUGUGUCAUAGUCUUGUAUUAACAGGUGCCAUGAAUGCAGAACUGUGCAUAUUGUCUCUGGUAGUGUAGUAUGUUUAAAUGGACAUUGCAUACAACUUGUGUAUUUUGCGAAGGUAUGAUUAAGGACCUUAUUGAACUGGUA